AUGCCAACUCAGGUUCAGGCCCGUAACAACAAGACCAAACUGAAAUCUGGUGCUAGCGUAAUUGGCACUCAAGCUAGUACUAGCUCUGAAGUCGGGCCUUGCGCUUCAUCUUCAUCAGUAUCAACUCCGUCUUCUACUUCUACAUCGACUCCAUGUGUCCAAGAGAUUUCCACAAGUAUUUCCAACCAACCUGUCGGCUCUGGAGGAUGCCUUUUUGUCUGCUCACCUCUAUCUGUAAUCUCCGGCCCUGGCGACCUGACCUCACAGCCUUCUUCUUUACACCAAUACCAGCUUCCGCAUCAGCCAAGCCAGCAACUGCUUUCGUACCAUCAUCAACAACAACAACAACAACAACAACAAAGACAACAACUGCUUAAUAAAACACACCAAAUCAGUCAAGGUUCGGUCACUUCACUGUCCUCAGUAAUUAUUGCCUCUAAUCCCAGCAGCAUUCAGCCCGUUCAAGCAACUCAACAUCUGCCAAGAUAUCGUCCACAACCUUCUCCUAUUCCAUCUGAUAAACCACAUUCUCAAUCUCCACAAAUUCAACAACAACAGCAAACUCUUCACAUUCAAAUGCCAGGCCAGCGAAUUGGGCUCACACAACUUUCAUCAACGACAGCAUCUACUGCGGCAUCUAAUACAGUAUCCACUGCGGCACCCACCCUCGGAGGAAUGCUUUCGGGUUCCUCUGUCCUGUCAUCGACUUCGGUGCUCACCUCUAGCUCUACUGGACUUGUUUAUUCCCAACGACUUCCUUGUACUACUCAACUUCAACAACCACUUCAUCAACAGCAAUUGCCAUUGCAACAGCAACAAUUUAUACUUCAACAGCAGCAGCAUCAACAGCAACAUUCUUCACAACAGUCACAAUCUGUACAAAUUGCAAAUGCUGUUGGCCCAUUUACCCAAAUUGGUUCGACAAACAAUUGCAUGGUCCGACAAAUGACUGGGCCGCAUUAUUCACCAACAUGUUCGCAAGCUUCGAUUGGUGUAACCCAGCAGGUAAUUCAGCCACUACAUUUUUUUGAAUUGCUAUGA